AUGAGUACCGCGGACCUUGUCAAUCAUUUGAAGGCGAUCUACGCUUCGUAUAGACAUACCGCGGAUAUCGAUGCGAAGGGGAUCUUUUUUUCUCCAUCUUGCUACCAAAUAUAUCGCCCAAACCCCUCGUUUGCUGCGCACAAUCGUGAGACAAUCGUGCGCUACCUGCACGAGUAUGCACCCAAAGACGAAAACGGGGCAUCGGGGUCAAGUGGAAAGCCAGCGAAGAAGGGAUAUUAUACGAUACGACCACUCGAAAAAGAGGAGUUUGAGUUCGGCGCCGACGAGCAGACUGCUCCUGCCGGCUUCUCUUCAGCGUCGGAAGUCGAACAGAAGGCCAGAAGAGAGGGGUGGGUGGGAUUGAGGGUUGAUCUUUGGGAUGAAUCGCUAGGUAAUGAAAUAGACAGGAAAGAAGACCUUUUGGUCAAGGUGCAGUACUGGUGGCGUAGAGAGGAAGGCAACUGGAUGCAAAUCUUUCACGACAUUAUGUACAUGGGUCCGCGUGAUGGGAGUGAAGGGGUUGAUGCGGAGGUCUUGGAAUGA